AUGGCGGCGGCGGGCGGCGGGCGCUGGGAGGUGGUGCGCAGGGGGCGCCGCCCCGCGGGGGGCUCCGGCGGCCGCCGCGCCGCGGGGGAGGCCAACGCCGGGCGGGUGCCGGCCCUGGCCCCUCCCGCGGGCGCGGCCGGCGGCGGCCCCGAGCCGGGCCCGGAGAAGGCGGCGAAGAGGCCGGGCCGGGAGGCGGCGGCUGAGCAGGCGGCGCGGCGGCAGCACGGCGGGAGGAGCGGCAGGAAGGCGGCGGCCGACGGCGGCCCCAAGCCCGGCCGGUUCCGGUCGCUGGAGGAAGCGCUGAGAGCCCUCGACGUGGCAGACCUGCAGAAGGAGCUGGACAAGAGCCAGAGCAUGUUCCCCGAGAACCCCUCCGUCUGGGUGAAGGACCUGGCCGGCUACCUCAACUACAAGCUGCAGGCGCCCAAGAGCGACCCCACGCUCAGCCAGCACGCCCACGAUUACCCGUACUGUCUUGUGAACAAAGAGCUGAGGAAUAUCAUCAAAUCCCUGCUGGGAAAGUCUUCCAGCGUGCUGGAGCUCUUCUUCGACCACUGCAUCUACACCAUGCUGCAGGAGCUGGACAAGACCCCAGGGGAGUCCCUGCACGGGUACAGGAUCUGCAUCCAGGCGGUGCUGCUGGACAGGCCCAAAAUCGCCACCGCGAACCUGGGCAAGUACCUGGAGCUGCUGCGGUCCCACCAGAACAGGCCGGCCAAGUGCCUGACCAUCCUGUGGGCGCUGGGGCAAGCCGGCUUCGCCGACCUCGCUGAAGGCCUGAGAGUGUGGCUCGGAGUUAUGCUCCCGGUGCUCGGGGUCAAGGCGCUCUCCCCGUACGCUGUUGCCUACCUGGACCGCCUGCUGAUAAUGCACCCAAACCUGACCAAAGGCUUCGGUAUGAUCGGACCCAAGGACUUCUUCCCCCUCCUGGACUUCGCCUUCAUGCCCAACAACUCGCUGUCGCCCAGCCUGCAGGAGCAGCUGCGGCGGCUCUACCCGCGCCUGAAGGUGCUGGCGCUGGGCGCGAGGCCGGAGGCGACGCUGCACACCUACUUCCCCUCCUUCCUGUCCCGCGCCACGCCGAGCUGCCCGCCCGCCAUGCGCAAGGAGCUCCUCACCUCCAUGAGCCAGUGUCUGAGCGUGGACCCGCUGAGCUUCAGCGUCUGGAGGCAGCUCUACACCAAGCACCUCUCCCAGUCCAGCUUGCUCCUGAACCACCUGCUGGAGUCCUGGGACAACGGCAGCAGGAAGGCGCGGCAGUCCCUGCAGGAGACGGUUCGCUCGUUCAAGGUGACGAACGAGGAGCUGGCAGCGCGGGGGCCCGGCAGCGAGCAGGACGUGGCGGCGUGCGAUGCCGCCUGCAAGGUGCUGCUGCAGAAGAUGAAGGGCGGCGGCUUCCCCUGGUCCCGGCUGCUCCUCAUCGGCCUGGUCUUUGCCGUCGGCUUCCUCAUGCACGACGUCCGGACGCACGGCUCGCUGCAGGCCUCCACUUCUGCUCGCGUGCUCCGCUCCUCUGGCAUCCUGUCUGCCUCGCAGCAAGCCUGGCACAAGGCGUCCCACUACUCCCUGGAGGGGUACAGGUGGCUGGAGAGCACCCUGCCCGCCUGCUGCUCCCGGGGGGCGGCCGUCCUGCAGCCCGCUCUGCAGCUGCUCUGGGCAAAGACGGCCGAGCUGGCGCUGCGCGUCUCCGAGCUGUGCUCCUCGCACCUCUCCUGGGCCCGGGACCACCUGCCCUGGCUCCUUGAAUGGCUCCAGUCCCGGGUGCCCGAGGCCGUCCUGCACUUCGCCGAGUGCGUCCGGGAGCUGCUGCUCUUCCUGCUGCGGAGCUGCCUGCUGCCGCUGCUGGAGCACGGCGCCGCCGCCCUGCAGCGGGGCUGGGAGCACUGCCUGGACGCCUGCCACGGCGAGGUGUCGUGGGACUGCCUGAGAGCACACCUGACGAGCUUCACCUACUCCUCGUGGGUUUACCUGCAGAACACGACCCUGGCCGUCACAAACUGGGCCUCGGCCAUGAUCUCUGGACACUGAGCUGCUGCCCGAGGCCUGGGGACGUGCUGGAGCCGCCUGGGGGGCUGCGGCCCCCAGCAGCAUGGCGGUGCCUCCGGGGCCCUCGGGCCGCACGGCGCCGCGGGGGCCUUGUUGCGGGGCUGCUCUCGGCCCUGUGAUUCGGUUUUGGGCCGCCCCGACCCCUUCCCUGUCCCUGGGUCUCACCGGAGCGAGCACGGCCCGGGGGGGGGCAAUGAACCGCGCUGGGUCCUCC